UGCAGCGUUUGCCGCGGGGUCCGCCAGUGGAGGCGGCCGGUGCCCGGCCCCGUGCCCGCCCCAAGGACCAGGCCGCAGGUCACUCUGCAAUGAUGACAGCAAGGUACAGGCCCACGUGGGACUUGGCCCUGGAUCCUCUGGUGUCCUGUAAGCUCUGCCUUGGGGAAUAUCCUGUGGAGCAGAUGACAACGAUAGCACAAUGCCAGUGCAUCUUCUGUACUCUGUGCCUGAAACAAUACGUUGAACUUUUGAUCAGAGAAGGACUAGAAACAGCAAUUAGCUGCCCUGAUGCUACCUGCCCCAAACGAGGCCACCUGCAAGAAAACGAGAUCGAGUGUAUGGUUGCAACUGAAAUUAUGCAGAGAUAUAAAAAGCUACAGUUUGAAAAAGAGGUGCUCAUGGACCCCUGCCGGACCUGGUGCCCGUCUUCGACCUGCCAGGCGGUCUGCCAGCUCCAGGAGGCGGGGCCCCAGGCUCCCCAGCUUGUCCAGUGCCAAGCUUGCCACCUGGAAUUCUGUUCUGCCUGCAAAGCCAGCUGGCACCCAGGCCAAGGCUGCCAGGAAGCUAUGCCAAUCACUUUCCUGCCAGGAGAAACAAGUUCUGUUUUUAAGAAAGAAGAGGAUGAUGCACCCAUUAAACAUUGUCCCAAGUGCAAAGUUUACAUCGAACGGGAUGAAGGUUGUGCCCAAAUGAUGUGCAAAAAUUGUAAACACGCCUUUUGUUGGUACUGUCUGGAAUCGCUGGAUGACGACUUCCUCCUCAUCCAUUAUGAUAAAGGGCCUUGUCGAAACAAGCUAGGCCACUCCAGGGCUUCAGUGAUCUGGCACAGAACACAGGUGGUGGGGAUCUUUGCUGGAUUCGGCCUCCUGUUGUUGGUGGCGUCACCCUUCCUCCUUCUGGCUACUCCUUUCGUCCUCUGCUGCAAGUGCAAGUGCAGUAAAGGAGACGAUGACCCAUUGCCCACCUAGACGAGAGAAGAUGGAGGGAGCUUCUAGACGGGGGAGCCGGGUUCGCUCCUCUCCCACUUCACUCCUCUCCCGGCUCCCCGGCACUUCACCUCGAUGUAGCCUUACUUGCCCCAUCCUGCUUUCCAGUGACUUCCACGGCACCUAAAUCCCAGGAAUGGGGGCCUGGACAGUUGCCCACGGCCACGCCGGGUUCAAGGGGGAUUGAGGAAGACAAGUCAGGCGAUCAGAGCAUGCGUCGCAGUAAGAUGUCGAUGUCCGGGUGAUUGCAAAAGGGAGCUACUGUAGGUCAAGCACACGGUUACGUUAGUUUCCCAAAAGCUGAGGGAACAGGACAGGAAGAUCAGCAAAGUAGCCUAAAAUGCAUCUCAAUAUAAAACAUUUUCCUGAAGGCCAAGUGACAUCUAAUGAUGAUGAUGAUGGCAUUUAUUAAACGCUUACUGUGUGCAGAGCACUGUUCUAAGCACUGGGGAGGUU